AUGACGACCGAGUUUUUCCAAGCUAGCCAACAAGGUGACGUGGCCGUUGUGCGCCAGCACCUCGAGCAGAACCCCGCUUUGGCCGGUGCGCGUGACGCCGACCCCCGCGUCGCCCAGGCCCUCGUUUCGCCUUCGGACACCAACGCCGAGGCGCUCGCGAUCCUCCGUGAGGCUGCGCUGCACGCCGAUACGCGCCUUGCAAACGGCGACAGCCCCAAGCCCACCCAGCAGAGCGAGUCGCAGGACGGCGCGAAUGCCAACCUGCCGCCGCCCGAGGUCGCCCGCAUGAUCCCGUGCCGCUUCUUCCCCAACUGCCGCUACGGCGACCGCUGCCUCUUUCAGCACCCCACCGGCCAGAUGAUGGCUCCGCCGCAGGGCGGCCAGCCGAUGUUCUUCCCCGGCCCGAGCGGCAUGCCCUUCUCCGGCCCUGGCCCGUACGGCGUGCCCCCGCCGCCGUUUGUGGACAUGAACCACCCCAUGUUCCCGAUGCACUACGGCGCGAACGGCAUGCCGUUCUACCCCCAGCAGCCGAUGCCUGCGCCUGAUGCCGCGACCGAGUCGGGCGACGACAAGGCAGCGCCCCAGACGGCCGACGUGCCCACCGACGCCGACGUGGACGCUCUCGCAAACAGCAUGGAUACCCUCGGCAGUGCUCCGGACUCGGACAAUGCCGCUUCCGCCAGCGCCACUCGUGCCACCCGCAACUCCUCGAAGAACAAGAACGCCAAGACCACCCGCAAUGACAGCACCAACGCCUCGCAGCGCGGCCGUACCAACAACGGCAGCCGCCCGUCGUGUGCUUUCUUCGCCCGCUCCGCCUGCCGCUACGCCAACGACUGCCGCUUCCCCCACAUCCUUCCUGAUGGCACCGACGCACGAACUCUCCCCAACGAGGACGGCAAGACCAAGGCCGCCCCGCCCCGCCGCGCGCAGAGCAGCGCCGCAGCCGACCGCGCUACGGACGCGCCCGACUCGCCGAACGCCGCCAGCGGCCAAGGUAAAAAGACCAGCCAGGCCCGCAACGCCCGCGCCUCGAGCGCCAACAGUGCGCGCGGCAAGGGUGCGCGCCGCGGCGCUGCGCCCACGCACGCCGGCCGCAAGACGGUGCAGCGCGUGCCGAACAGCGACGAGUUCCCCGCGCUCCCCGGCGGUGCCCGCCCCGAGUCGAGCGACGCGACGCCGAACGAGUCGGACGCCGAGGCGAAGCCUGCUACCAAGGCCAACUUUUCCGCGAUCCUGAGCGCGCCUGCGCCCCCCAAGGCGCCCAAGGCCAAGUCGCCCGAGCGCGAGGAGGCGCCUGCGCCCGCUGCUGAGGCGCCCGCUGCUGAGGCGCCCGCUGCUGAGGCGCCCGCGACGCCGUCGCAGGAGAACAACGUCCCUGCGCCGAGCUCGCCCUCGUCGCGCGACUUUGCCGCGGUCGCCGCCUCGUCGCAGCCGAACGCCGUCUCGGCGUAA